CUGGCGUUCCUCGCGAAACUCUCGCUUCUUUCUGCUGAAUCGAGCUUAGAGAUGGCGGGCAUGGAAGGGAUUCGUGCCUCGCUCUCCUCAUCUCCUUCCUCGUAACAAUUUCAAACUCCCCGCGUUUUGCUCUGUACUCACAUGGUGGUUGCCUUUUGCAGAUUAAUUACUUCUCCUAUGAAUGAUUGCAUCCAAUGCCGCUUUACCAAGCAAAAUCUGAUUCGUUUGGUGGAUGCUUCCCUUCCGAGUUACCCUAAGCAAAGCCCGCCAUUCUUGCCAUCUACAGGGCUGGAGUGUGCUGCCUUCUCGUUCUCUUCUUUGACUUCCACAGCGCAAGCUUGCAAGCUUCUCUUUGUUCUUCUGUGUUUCUUAGGCUGAGAGAUUCAUGCUUCAAAUUUAUACGUUUUGCUCUCAGUCUCUCUAUCGGAUGCUGUAGUUUGUUAUCUUUGUUGGAGAUGGAGAUUCGGAUUUGGAUUUCGGGGAUUUUUCUACUCCUUUUCUGCUUUAUGUGGAUGGGUUUUGCCGAGCCGGUGGAGGACAAGCAAGCGCUGCUUGAUUUCCUCGCAGAGAUACCGCACGGCCACUCGCUGGACUGGAGACAAGAGACAUCUGUGUGCGGAAACUGGAGGGGAGUGGUCUGUAAUGGAGAUCUUUCUCGCGUGGUCGAGCUUCGGCUUCCUGGGGUAGGAUUCAAUGGCCGAAUGCCUCCGAAUACACUAAGCAGACUCACUGGACUCCUCAUUCUGAGUCUUCGUGCCAAUGGUCUCACUGGUCCCUUCCCGGCUGAGUUCUUCAACCUUACCGCUCUAACGGGGCUACACCUUCAGCUCAACGGCUUCUCCGGCUCUCUUCCGUCUAAUUUUUCCGGUUGGAGGAAUCUUACGCUGCUGGAUCUCUCUUAUAAUGCUUUCAAUGGGAGCAUCCCUGCUUCCAUCUCCAACCUCACUCAGCUGGUCGCUUUAAAUCUCUCCAACAACUCCUUAUCUGGCCGAAUUCCCGAAAUCCAGCUCCCAAGGCUUCAGUUUUUGAAUCUCUCCAACAAUCACUUUAAUGGCAGCGUCCCAAAAUCACUACAGAAAUUCCCAAAUUCGUCUUUCUUUGGAAAUGAGCUUACUCCAGUUUUACCGGCUAACCCUUCUCCUUUACCAUCACAAGUUUCUCCUUCAAACCCUCCCAAAACAAUUUCCAAUGCUUCCAAAGGGAAGAUUAGUGAAUCUGCGCUUUUGGGAAUUGUAAUCGGUGCUUCUACUCUGUUGUUCGGGGCAUUAGCCAUCCUAAUAGUUAUCUGUUAUAUGUUGAAGAGUAGUAAGAGUUUUGCCUUAGGGAAGGAAUCAAAAGGCCAUGAUUCUCCCAAGAAUGCUGGUGCUGUGAAUCAGGAUGAGAAUAAUCAGCUUAUUUUCUUCGAAGGUUGUACCUUUGUGUUUGAUUUGGACGACUUGUUGAGGGCUUCAGCUGAGGUGCUUGGGAAAGGGACUCAUGGGGCAGCAUAUAAGGCGGUGAUGGAAGACACCACCAUUGUGGUGGUGAAGAGGCUUAAGGAAGUUUCGGUUGGAAAAAAGGAUUUUGUGAUGCAGAUGGAGAUGGUGGGGAAGAUUCGGCAUGAGAAUGUAGUGGAGCUGAAGGCUUAUUACUACUCUAAGGAUGAAAAGCUUUUAGUUUAUGACUACUAUAGCCAGGGGAGUGUUUCCUUUCUGCUACACGGAAAGCGAGGGGAAGAAGGGGGCCAACUUGACUGGGAAACCAGGUUAAGAAUAGCCCUCGGAGUUGCGAGAGGUGUCGCGCACAUCCAUUUGGAACAAGGCGGCAAACUCAUCCAUGGAAACAUAAAAUCUUCCAACGUCUUCCUUAAUAACCACAACUACGGUUGUGUUUCAGACCUCGGCCUCGCCACUAUAGUAAGCCUCACCAUUCCUCCUUGGUCACGCAUUGCCGGCUAUCGUGCCCCUGAGGUCGUCGAUACUCGGAAAGCUUUGCAAGCCUCUGAUGUCUACAGCUUUGGUGUCCUCCUCCUCGAACUCCUCACGGGCAAGUCUCCCAUCCAGAAAACAGGAGGAAGUGAAGAUGCCAUUCACCUUGUUCGAUGGGUUAGCUCCGUCCUUCGCGAGGAGUGGACGGCUGAGGUGUUUGAUUUACGGCUCAUGAGAUACUCUAACAUAGAGGAGGAAAUGGUUGAGUUGCUUAGAAUUGCGAUGGCCUGUGUUGCGAGGAUGCCGGAGCAGCGGCCGAAGAUGUUCGAGGUUGUAAGGAUGAUCGAGGAUGUAAAGAGGGUUGAAGGUGGAAGCCAGCUGUCGGCGGAGGAAAGGUUAGAGGAUUGACAGAGCUUAAUCAGGUAAAGUUCAUCUGUGGAGGCAUUCUGUUCUGAUUUGUUCAUUCUUGUAUCCAUUCCCAGUGGUUUUCUUCAUGUGCUUUGUAAAUGGCCUGGAAUUAGUGGCAUUGUUGCGCCUAUGUGGCUUUCUUAGGCUAUGGUGGUGUUUCUCCUUGACUUAACUUAGGUAUGUUAUAGGGUAUAUUUUGGUUUAUUUGGAUAACUUGUCAUUUUGGGGA